AUGCUUAUCACUUUGGAACAACUCGUCGAACGUGCUCCUCACCUGGCGUCUGGAACCUGGACGGCUCACAGUCAUAUUCGAUCUCCCGAAGCCUGUCAAUUUACUGGGAAUCAACUGCCAGGUCGAUACUGCUGCGCGCUUCAUCCACCAGUACUGUAUCUCCCAGGAUGCCCAUCCGAAGUCGAGUCUCUGGUGCCGAGGCGUACAGCGUUGAUUGUGGUAAUGGUUACUUCGAAUGCUAGAAUGGUUGCGCACCUGAUCCCUGUGUUCGUCAUGGAACCAGUCGGACGUAUUCAGACUGUUUGGACGACGAUCCCUAUACGCGCGCACCACCUACUCUCUGCGCUUGCUGCAGACGUUAUGACUGACAAGGAGAAUACAUCGCCUAAGAAGGGCACCCCCUUACGCUUGAACGUAGCAAAGAAACGUCCGGAGUUCUCCAGCGAGGAGGCGGUGGAGUCCAUGUUGCUUCCUUCGCCUACGCGACCUGACUACCGUGGCAGUAAGCGACGCGUGUCCUCGCUGUCCGAAGAGGCGGGAGAGCAGGAUGAGGGUGGCAUGCGACCACUGACCGGUCCUUCUGAUUCACCUGACCGACUGCAACAUGAAGCCCCGCCUGCUAUUUCCAAGUUGGUCAAGAAACGGAAGGUGGCCGGCGACCAAGAGACCCCGCGUUCUGGCCUCCUUCCUCCGAGUACCUUUGACUCUCGAUCUGCUGAGACUUCGGUGUCUAGUACGGUCCCGAGUACUGCGGUAGCUGCUGUCUGUGAAGUAGGCGUUACUCAAGCUGUUGCCGGACCGGACGAGUCUUUCCCUGCACCGGACGCCGAGGCGACUGAUAAUGACUCCGCUGCUACGCAGCCUCCCGUACCCGCCCCUAGCCUAGUCGUCCCCGAGCCCCCUGCCGCCGCUCACAUGGAUGAUAUGAUGGUUUACGAUACCAUACCCUACAUAGACGAGAACAACGGCAUCUGGGCCGCAAUCUUCGUUUCCUUCCCUUCUCCCAGCAUCGCGAGCCCCGAUAACUUUUAUCGGCUAUGCCACGGAUUCCUGACAAUAUUUCAAGCCGAACCAGGCUCCUUACGCCCCGCAGAUCGAAGGCUUAGGGCUGCUGCAAGGAAUGUGGAGGCUAGACGGCCGUACCUGUUUCCGGAUUCAAGACGUGACCCGGCUCGACUUGCAAGCAAUGAUGUUCCUCGUGUCACUUCGCGCGUCCUUCUUGUGUUCUUGUGUGAGGAAUGGCUGGCCGUCGUGUCGCGUCCCUCGGCCUAUCGUACUGAACCGUGGAGAUCAAGACCUCCGCGAUAUAAGAGGGAGGAGAGUUGGGCGAAGAAUUGGGGGGUGACCUACCUCCUCGACGAAGCCGGCCGGGCUACAGCUGCAAAAGCAUAUCUUCCACGGGGACGACCUUCUAUCGUCUGCUCAGAUACGCAACUGCGGUAUCCCGAACGCCUGUUGUGGGCACCAUGGGUAGCGCCGCAAACCAUAACUGAGAUGUGGGAGACGAUGGCGCAAGACCGCAAAGUUAGCUCCUCACAGGUGGGAAUACGAAGCAACCCAUACACUGGCGGUAUGUUCGAGACACUUCGUUCGGAUCGUCCCCCGCAAAAGCGAACGUACUAUUGGAAGCCCGAACAGACGCCGAUGUGCCGAUAUCUCUCCGGAAGGACCUUCCCCGGAGUCAAACUAAACGUUCAUGAAGAGGUGGUCGGGCAUGUGAGAGGGACAUGGCAUGAGUUCGCCGAGGAACACUCAGAAAGUGCGCGCCUCACAGAGAUCGAGUCCGGAGAACAGGCGCUUUCCCGCAUAGCAAUGCAAAUCGAGCUAGGCUGUCUGCUAGUCUUUACUCGGACAACGGUAUGGAUAAACAUCGACGUAACGGACAUUCUGCUUCCGAAUGCGGGUAUCUUCGUCCGUGUGGCACUGCGAUACUCGCGUCCUUCCAUUCGACACGAUUUCGACUUGCAUUCGUAUACCUCGAGCGCCCGGGGAGCGAUGCCGACGCCUGAGUAUCUUUCAGCAUGGAGAUCUGCAGUGCUGGGCGCAAGAAAAAUGGUAAACUGUGCGCUGUGGAACGACCUUGUGCAUGUCGUACGCCGCAAAGACGACCCUACGCAGAAGCUGUUAGACAAGUGUUUGAGAGCACCCCAAGCGUUGGCCAGGUUGCUCUGGAAUGACCGACAGAGCGUCUGGCUGGGACUUGGACUCGUGGGCGCGAUUCCCCGCGCGGACCCCGGAAGGGCGGGGCCGUAA